UGUUUGUGGUAUACGUUUAUGUGGGCAAUAUCAUCUGGAUGAGCACUGAAGUGAAAUAGAUUAGGAUUAACAUAUUCUGCACCAGUAUUUAAGAGUCCAGCCAUAGUACAGUCAUGGCCAAAAGUUUUGAGAAUGACACAAAUAUUAAUUUUCACAAAGUCUGCUGCCUCAGUGUCUUUAGAUAUUUUUGUCAGAUGUUACUAUGGAAUACUGAAGUAUAAUUACAAGCAUUUCAUAAGUGUCAAAGGCUUUUAUUGACAAUUACAUAAAGUUGAUGCAAAGAGUCAAUAUUUGCAGUGUUGACCCUUCUUUUUCAAGACCUCUGCAAUCUGCCCUGGCAUGCUGUCAAUUAACUUCUGGGCCACAUCCUGACUGAUGGCAGCCCAUUCUUGCAUAAUCAAUGCUUGGAGUUUGUCAGAAUUUGUGGGGUUUUGUUUGUCCACCUGCCUCUUGAGGAUUGACCACAAAUUCUCAAUGGGAUUAAGGUCUGGGGAGUUUCCUGGCCAUGGACCCAAAAUAUCGAUGUUUUGUUCCCCGAGCCACUUAUCACUUUUGCCUUAUGGCAAGGUGCUCCAUCAUGCUGGAAAAUGCAUUGUUCUUCACCAAACUGUUACUGGAUGAUUGGGAGAAGUUGCUCUCUGAGGAUGUGUUGGUUCCAUUCUUUAUUCAUGGCUGUAUUCUUAGGCAAAAUUGUGAGUGAGCCCACUCCCUUGGCUGAGAAGCAACCCUACACACGAAUGGUCUCAGGAUGCUUUACUGUUGGCAUGACACAGGACUGAUGUUAGCGCUCACCUUCUCUUCUCCGGACAAGCUUUUUUCCGGAUGCCCCAAACAGUCGGUAAUGGGAUUCAUCAGAGAAAAUGACUUUACCCCAGUCCUCAGCAGUUCAAUCCCUGUACCUUUUGCAGAAUAUCAGUCUGUCCCUGAUGUUUUUCCUGAAGAGAAGUGGCUUCUUUGCUGCCCUUCCACCAGGUCAUCUUCCAAAUGUCUUCUCCUCACUGUGUGUGCAGAUGCACUCACACCUGCCUGCUGCCAUUCCUGAGCAAGCUCUGUACUGGUGGUGCCCCGAUCCCGCAGCUGAAUCAACUUUAAGAGACGGUCCUGGCGAUUGCUGGACUUUCUUGGGCGCCCGGAAGCCUUCUUCACAACAAUUGAACCGCUCUCCUUGAAAUUCUUGAUGAUCCGAUAAAUGGUUGAUUUAGGUGCAAUCUUACUGGCAGCAAUAUCCUUGCCAGUGAAGCCCUUUUUGUGCAAAGCAAUGAUGACGGCACGUGUUUCCUUGCAAGUAAACAUUGUUGACAGAGGAAGAACAAUGAUUCCAAGCACCACCCUCCUUUUGAAGUUUCCAGUCUGUUAUUCGAACUCAAUCAGCAUGACAGAGUGAUCUCCAGCCUUGUCCUCGUCAACAUUCACACCUGUGUUAACGAGAGAAUCACUGACAUUAUGUCAGCUGGUCCUUUUGUGGCAGGGCUGAAAUGCAGUGGAAAUGUUUUGGGGGGAUUUAGUUCAUUUGCAUGGCAAAGAGGGACUUUGCACUUAAUUGCAAUUCAUCUGAUCACUCUUCAAAACAUUCUGGAGUAUAUGCAAAUUGCCAUCAUACAAACUGAGGCAGCAGACUUUGUGAAAAUUAGUAUUUGUUUCAUUCUCAAAAGUUUAUGCCACGACUGUAUAACUCAGAGGUCCUAUUGCCUUUGGCAGAGAAAAACCCUGUGUGGUGUUUGCAUACAUCUGACUACAUUUCUCAAAUGGGGAUUUGAGCGCCCUCUAGCUGUAUUGUUUCAUACUCUCCAUUAUUUUCACUCUAGAUUGCUAUAUAAAAGAUGUAAGACUAAGUCUAUCAUUAUAUUACAUUUAUUUGAAGUUAGAUACACACCACUACUUCUACAUAGUGUUUUGUUUCAGAGUUUUGCCUCUUCUUUUUUCAUCUAACCAACCCAUAUAUUUUCCAUCCAUGUUCAAUUUCAAUUUCCUUCAUUUUCCUCCAUCAGGGAUUGUGGAGAGAGCGACUACUUUCCUAAAGAGAGGAGACUCCACCUCAGCUGACCCUCUGCUCCUAGACCAGUAUGUGGCCGUCACUGACUAUGAGAAACAGGAGAGCUCUGAGAUCAGCCUGCACGUGGGACAGACGGUGGAGGUCAUCGAGAAGAAUGAGUCUGGUUGGUGGUUUGUUAGUUCAGACGAGGCCCAAGGCUGGGUCCCUGCCACCUGCCUGGAGGCUCAGGAUGACCCUGACGACUUCUCCCUGCCCGGCGAGGAAGUGUCCCGGAGAUACUGGUCACUGCCGAGCCAUGUGGGCCGCCGGCGAACGUUAGGGGAUCUGUUCAGCACAGGCUUUGGGCAAGAGGAGAAGUACACAGUGAUCUACCCUUACGCAGCGCGAGACCAAGACGAGAUCGACCUAGAAAGUGGCAUGACGGUGGAGGUCAUGCAGAAGAACCUUGAGGGCUGGUGGAAGAUCAGGUACCAGGGACAGGAGGGCUGGGCCCCGGCGUCCUACUUGAAGAAGGCCGACAUCCUGAGCCAGAAGCUGGUGGCAGGGGCAGCGGGCCACUCCAGCACUAACGACCUGGACGGAUUCUCCAAGCAGCAGAGUCAACAGAACCAAGCCAAGGAGAGCCGAGGAGACAACAAGGAUCAGAAAGACAAGGGCUUCUCCCCCUUUGCCAAGCAGCACAAACAAGGGGCUAGACAGAGACCACCUCCACGCAGGGAUCUCUCCAUCCCGAGGGGGCAGAACCUGCCAAAGCCACCCACCCCUCCCCAGGUGGAGGAGGAGUUCUAUACCAUCGCAGACUUCCAGACCACCAUCCCCGACGGCAUCAGCUUCCAGGCUGGGGUCAAAGUGGAGGUGAUAGAGAAGAACUCCAGUGGCUGGUGGUACAUUCAGAUUGAAGACAAAGAGGGCUGGGCCCCUAUCACCUUCAUCGACAAAUACAAGAAGACCAGCUUGACACCGCGCCCCAACUUCCUUGUACCUCUGCCCAACGACUUGGUCCAGCUGAAUCUGGAGGAUGGCACUGCUAGCGGUGCGGGGCAAGAGGACAGCUGGUCCAAACCGCUGCCAGAAGAACCCAUGGCGGGGAGCGAGUCCGUAGCCCGGCCCAAGCUCAGGGACUGGAAGUCCAGUGCCAGUAAGGCGGCAUCUGCUUUCUCCGGUCCCCUACCCCCAGCCCCGUCUGCCCCACUGGCUGAGGAGAAGCCAGCCCUGCCACCCCGCAAGGAGUCCAUCAACAAGAGCACGGACAUUGAGAUUACUGUGGAGAAACCCAGGCCAGACCUAUCCAAACCCAUGCCUCUGAAAACCCCUGCCCCGGGGGUCAUCAUGCCCCUGCUUACCCCCAAAGCUGCCCCCUUCAAGCCAGACAAGCCCCCCGAGCCCAAAAGAGAGGUGACAAACAAACCUCUGCAUUUGAAGAAUGAGAUGGGUCUGGAGUGUGGCCACAAGGUCUCCGCCAAGGAGGUGAAGAAGUUCAACCUGAAACCCGUGGCUAAGCAACCACCCAAGCCCAUGCCUGAUCCACCGGAGGAGAAACCAGAAACCAUCGGCCCUGCACUGUUCAUGAAGCCUAAACCCAUAGUCCGGCCCAAACCCGUCCCAGCUGCCAAGCCAGAACCGCCAGCUGAGAACAAGCUGGAUAUCACCAACCUGAGGAGCAAGCUGAAGCCUUCAAAGCCAACUGAACCAGGCUCUGGAUCAGCAGAGCCAAGCCAGCAAAACGGCGCUGCUCCCAACAACGGCCCUUGCAACGCUCUCCCCAAGAUGCCGCCGCCCAACCUCCCCCCUAAUAAUGAUUUACCCAAGAUGCCUCCUGGUAAUGUACCCCCCAAGAUGCCCCCUCCUAAUAAUGUUCUCCAAAACAUGCCGCGUCUCAACAGCCCCCCUCUCAAUGCACUCCCCAAGAUGCCCCCGGCCCCCAAUGCUCUCAAUGGCAAGGCCAGCGACGAGCCCAAGUUACCCCCCAAGCAGCAAAACGGCCACGGACAAGUGAGCCAGGAUGUCCCCAAACCCGCUGUCCCCCCCCCAAAAGAACCUCCAGGGAGGCCAGCCGUCCUCCCUAGGCGACCCCCUCCACCCAAAAAGACCUCGGAGCCAUCCAGCCCCACAGAAACCAAAGCUCCCCUGAAAGAGCUCCCAGACACCAAGCCUGCUCCCCCCCAGCUCAGCAGACCACCUCCCCCUAAACCCAAGGCCUUCAUGCUGCCCCCGCCUAAAGACAAGGACAAGGGGGAGCCCAAGGCAAAAGUGCCCGUGGCCCCAAAGCCCCUGGUUAAGAUUGAGAAACCAGGCCCUCCGAGGGAUAAGCUGCCUCUUCUGAUCAAGGAUCCCAGUAAAGAGGAGCUGUUCUUGGCCGUGGCGGACUUUGAGGGCGACGAUCAGAUGGGUGGCUUCAAGGAGGGCACCGUGUUCGAGGUGAUGGAGCGGAACAGCAGCGGCUGGUGGUUUUGUAAAAAUCUAGGAGAAGGGCCAAUGAAAGAGGGCUGGAUCCCCUCCAAUUACCUGACCAAGAAACCCUAGGUACCAGGUUCCGUUGGCCUUUUUAAUAAAAAAAAAUUACUUUUUGUAUUUAAUUAGCUUUUUAUUUAUAGGUACCUUUUUAAUUGAAAUAUUUUUGUUAAAUUCCAUUUGUUUAGCAUGAAUGAAGCAGCAAUGGGGUUUUUUGGAUAUUGUUUAGUUCUUUUUAUCCUCGUUACAAAUUAUUAAGCAUAAAAUCCGUAACAAGCAAAUGUUCCUCAUGUUGUUCACCUUUUGUGCCAUAUGUUACUCAACAAGCCUAUAAUGUAAUCUUAUGAUACAGUAAAUGUUAUCACAAGCUUUGUAAUAGAACAGAUGAAUGUCUUUCCAAGCCUUCUAUAAUAUUGUGCCUCAGUAUAGUGCUUUAAGCUUAAAUAUAUGCAAUUUAGCUAGUUAGUUUCUCAGUAUAUCAAAAGAUGCUUAAGUCUAAUGAGUGGAGUCAUAACUGACAGUGCAAUGCAUUUGGAAAAUAAAUCAGACCAUACACCAGAGGAACCAGGGUCCAUAUUCACAAAGCAUCUCAGACGAGGAGUGCUGAUUUAAGAUCAGUUUUGCCUUUUAGAUCAUAAAUGAAUAAGAUUACAUGGAUGGGGGUACCUGAAUCUAGAUCAACACUCCUACUCUGAGAUUCUUUGUGAAUACUGGCUGAGAUGAUUCACAAGACAAACAGCCAAAACCAGCCCAAGGCAGAAGGCCAUAGAUACUCAAGAUCCCUCAAAGAACACCCCUCCACUAAGGCUGCAAUGGAGGUUACAAUAGGAGUUCAAGAGGACAUUUUGGCUUUCAAGUACUAAAAUAUUAACACUUCAAGCAAAGUUUUUGACAAGUGCUAAUACUAAACAUUUAGACAGAUCUUUUCAGGUUUGUGAAUGUGUUUACUUUUCUUUCAGAACUGCAUAAUACUGUUGCAGCUGAUUUGUGACUUUUCAGAUUAUUCAGCCUGUUCAGACAGUUCAGGUUUUCAAUCUGGAUUACCAAACUGGGGGAGCGAGCCUGUCUUUCAACUCACUCUUGAACGUUGUAAUAGAAUGCACAAGGUGCAAUUUUUAAAUUAGGCAGUGCAUCAUCAGUUUUCCUCGUCAGUCAUUGCAUACCUUAGAGGUAUUUAUAACUUCUCAGAAAUGUCCAGUGAAAAAGCUUGGGAACCCCUGGCUUAAUAGACCGAUGUAGAGGAAGUACAGAAUAUACAAUUGAAAGCCAUAGCCAUGUUUUAAACACUCAAAUAAGGUUGCUGCAAGAUGUUGGGAGCUGCAUUGUACACCAGGGUUGGAGUCCAACUCUUUCAGGAUGAACUGAAUUGACUUCAUUGAAAUGAAAUGGACCCUUUCCCUGGUGUACAUGGUACAAUAGGUGGAAAACAUCCUAUUGAUUUCAUAAACUCUAGGUCUACCAUUAUCAAUACAGCCCCUAAAUGAGAGAGAAUUGACCUGUGAUUUGUGCAAUAAUAAUAAUAAAUACAGCGUUAUUGGAUCGCAUAAAAAGGUGCUCAAAUAAAGUACAUAAAGUGUGAUAAUUAUUUUUUUAAAUUACAUUAGUGUUUGACUGGUUUCAAGCACAGACUUAGCAAGAGUUAUUUUUAUCGUACUUCCAGAAUGAAGUAAUUUUAGCUGUCACUGUGUGUUUACUUUUCACCUCUUGCCAGGCCUGGUUUGCCGUAGUUGGAACUUAGAUGCAUUGUUCCUACAGUCGAAGAAACAUGCGUUUCCCAAAACACCACGCAGCGAGAACUUUCAGCAAGUGCGUCGUUGGAGCAUGUGUCGAUACGAUUAGGUUCGAAACAAAGAUGGCGGAUCCUAGAGAAGCGCUUUCUCCAUUCGAAUUUGACCUUUAAUAUAAUGUCACAAUACUGGACGAUAGAUCAGCUCCUAGGGAUAUUGCCUAUGGCUGCCAAGAUCGAGGUGGCUUAUUAUAAUGGUUACCCGUUAAUGCAUUACAUCACAGAUUUGGAACAUCAUUGCAUUUAUGUUCCUACACAUUACAUAUAUAGAGGGAAAUAGCAGACAGUAGCCUACAAUUAGAUUAACAUGAAAUUGUUUGAAAUACAUAAGCAAAUGUAGUGUAGUCAUCUUGGUUUUCAUUUGAAGCAUAUUUUGUUACAAUUGCAAAGACAUUGCCCACUUUGUAGCCUAUUUAAAGUUAUUGGUGGUCACAGAGAGAUGGAUAAAAAUCCAUUGAUUGUAUGUUUAGCGGAGGUCUUCUGUGUAUAAAGUGACGUGGAAGGACAAAAAAAGCAUGUAACGAUGCACUUGGCUUUUCAAGUGGUGUGAGGCAGUCGGUAAAUAGGCCUUACAAAGCAUUUAAGUGUGACUAGUAACAAUGGCUACUACGAAGCUGGGCCAUGGUCAUGGAGAAAGAGGGUUGGUCUCCUAGGAGACACACUGACAAGGCUAGGAGUGCCUGUAGCUCAGGUUAAUUGAAGAAUCUCAGAAUAUGGUUGAUCUGAUUCUAUGUUUUUUCCCGUCCCCUUCAAAUCUCCUCAUGUUAAAGUACUAGGUCCAAUGCUGUGUGUCAGGUCCCUAACCAGCAUUGAAAUCAUAAGUAACUUGGAGUUUUCCAUCUUCGGCAGUGUACAUAGUACACAUAAGUAAUGAUAUUCAUGUCAGAUUUGUAAUGAUCAGCACUAGUGUCAACUGAUGGAGUAAGACCUGACGGUUAGUGGAAUGUGAGUGAAACCUAGAUUGGGUUGGGGUAUGGGUUGGAAAGACAUGCAUUCAACAGUUUGGUUACUGAAGCAUACAGGGAUGUGAACACUACAAUAAAACAGUAUGGAUUGUGUUUUGCUUUAAGUAAUGCUUUACCCUAAACUGGUCAAUUUAAUUUGAAAAUGAAUUUGUAAAAGAAACUGCUCGUUCUUUAUUUGAGAUAUGCAGCAUAAACACCUUUCCCGCUGACAUAUUGCAUCUUAGUCCUGUAAUGUAUUCGUUAUACUUGUGUAUUUCCGCCCCUCAUGGUUCUCUUUCAUAUUAAGUCAAUAAACUUUUUUUUUUU